AUGGUGGUCCCCAUGAGAAUUGGGUACCGGACACUCGCUAAGAGAUGGUUGUCGGCGGCGGUGCCGCGGAAGGCCCUGCUGGCCGGACCCGUCUACGCUGGCGGUGAACUUCUCAAGAAGUUCAACGAUGAAAACGGCGAAAAGCUUGUCGACGUGCUGAAGGUGUUGGUGAUUGGGCUGGGGGGUUUGCUGAUUGGGCAAGCCGGUGAGUUCGACUACUCGGGCUCGCAAGCGAUCAAGGCUCUCAAGGAAGCUAACAAGCAGCUGAUCUUGAUCAACCCCAACAUCGCCACCAACCAAACGUCGCACGCGUUGGCCGAUGAGAUCUACUACUUGCCGGUGACCCCGGAAUAUAUCACCUACAUCAUUGAGCGUGAACGUCCCGAUGGGAUCUUGUUGACCUUUGGUGGUCAAACUGGCUUGAACGUCGGGGUCAAAUUGGAUAAGAUGGGGGUGUUUGACCGUUAUGGGGUCAAGGUGUUGGGUACCCCGAUCAAGACCCUCGAGACCUCGGAAGACCGUGACCUUUUCGCGCAAGCGCUUAAGGAAAUCAAUAUCCCCAUUGCUGAAUCGAUUGCUGUCGACACCGUCGACGACGCCCUCGCUGCCGCGGAGAAGGUGGGUUACCCCAUCAUUGUCAGAUCGGCAUACUCCCUCGGUGGUUUGGGCUCUGGUUUUGCUGCUAAUGAACAAGAACUUAAGAACUUGGCGUCGCAAUCGUUGUCGCUUGCCCCUCAAAUUCUCGUGGAAAAGUCGCUUAAGGGCUGGAAGGAAGUCGAAUACGAAGUGGUGCGUGACCGUGCCGACAACUGUAUCACUGUUUGUAACAUGGAAAACUUUGACCCGUUGGGGAUCCACACUGGUGACUCGAUUGUCGUUGCUCCCUCGCAAACCCUUUCCGAUGAAGAAUACCACAUGUUGAGACUGGCUGCCAUCAAGAUCAUCCGUCACUUGGGUGUUGUUGGUGAAUGUAACGUGCAAUACGCCUUGCAACCCGAUGGUUUGGACUACCGGGUGAUUGAAGUCAACGCCCGGUUGUCGCGGUCGUCGGCUCUUGCUUCUAAGGCUACUGGUUACCCCUUGGCUUACACUGCUGCUAAGAUCGCCCUCGGUCACACUCUUCCGCAAUUGCCUAACCCCGUCACCAAGACCACGUCGGCUAACUUCGAACCUUCGUUGGACUACAUGGUUACCAAGAUUCCCCGGUGGGAUUUGUCCAAGUUCCAACACGUCAAGCGUGACAUCGGCUCGGCGAUGAAGUCGGUGGGUGAAGUGAUGGCUAUCGGUAGAAACUUUGAAGAAUCGUUCCAAAAGGCUAUCCGUCAAAUCGACCCGCUGUACAUUGGUUUCCAAGGCGACAAGUUUGAAGACUUGGACGAUGUGUUGCGUAACCCUACCGACCGGAGAUGGUUGGCCGUGGGUCAAGCUCUUUUGCACGAAAACUACUCGGUGGAUAAGGUGCACGACUUGACCAAGAUCGACAAAUGGUUCUUGCACAAGUUGAUGAACAUUGUCAACAUGUACCGUGAAUUGGAAGCUGCCGGCUCGUUGGAAAACAUCAACCUGGAUCUCAUGUUGCAGGCGAAGAAGCUUGGGUUCUCCGACAAGCAAAUCGGGUUGUGUAUCAACGCUGCUGAACUUGAAGUGCGUGCGGCGAGAAAGCUGUUUGGCAUCACCCCCUUCGUGAAGAAGAUUGACACUUUGGCCGCUGAAUUCCCCGCUAACACCAACUACUUGUACACAACUUACAACGCUACCUCGUCUGAUGUCACCUUCAACGAAAACGGGACUCUUGUCCUUGGUUCUGGUGUGUACCGUAUCGGGUCGUCGGUCGAAUUCGACUGGUGUGCUGUCUCUACUGCCCGUGCUUUGCGUGAAGCUGGUAACAAGACCAUUAUGAUCAACUACAACCCGGAAACUGUGUCCACCGACUUUGACGAAGUCGACAGAUUGUAUUUUGAAGAAUUGUCGUUGGAAAGAGUCUUGGAUAUCUACGAAUUGGAAGCCGCUCAAGGUGUUGUCGUGUCCGUUGGGGGGCAAUUGCCUCAGAACAUCGCGUUGGGCUUGCAAAACAAUGGCUGCAACGUGUUGGGUACCAACCCUGAAGACAUUGACCGGGCCGAAGACAGACACAAGUUCUCGCAAACCUUGGACUCGAUCGGGGUUGACCAGCCUCAAUGGAAGGAAUUGACCUCAUUGGCGGAAGCGGAAAAGUUUGCUGACGAAGUCGGCUACCCUGUGUUGGUGAGACCCUCGUAUGUGUUGUCGGGUGCGGCGAUGUCGGUGAUCAAUUCCAAGGACGAAUUGGAAUUGAAGCUCGGCAAUGCCGCCAAGGUGUCGCAGGAACACCCUGUUGUUAUCUCUAAGUUCAUCAAGGGCGCUCAAGAAAUUGACAUCGAUGCUGUUGCCUCUAAUGGCGAAGUCUUGGUCCACGCUGUUUCGGAACACGUUGAAAAUGCUGGUGUCCACUCCGGUGACGCCACUCUCGUGUUGCCUCCUCAAAACUUGUCGCCCAAGCUUAUGGAACGUCUCAAAGAAAUUGCUGACAAGGUUGCUGCUGCCUUCAAGAUUACCGGUCCUUUCAACAUGCAAAUCAUUAAGGAUGGUAAUGGUGACGACUGUGCGUUGAAGGUUAUCGAAUGUAACAUUAGAGCCUCGCGUUCGUUCCCCUUCGUGUCGAAGGUGUUGGGUAUCAACUUCAUUGAAGUUGCCGCCAAGGCAUUGAUGCAACAAAAUGUUCCUGCUCCCACCAACUUGAUGAACAACAAGUACGACUAUGUUGCCACCAAGGUACCUCAAUUCUCGUUCACUCGGUUGGCUGGUGCUGAUCCCUUCUUGGGUGUGGAGAUGUCGUCUACUGGCGAAAUUGCCUGCUUCGGUAAGGAUCUCGUUGAAGCUUACUGGACCUCGAUGCAAUCGACCAUGAACUUCAAGGUGCCUCGCCCUUCGCAAGGUUUGUUGUUUGGUGGUGACUUGACCAACGACAAGUUGGGUAAAGUUGCUGCUACUGUGUCGGGUCUUGGCUACAAGUUCUUCACUGCUUCGCCCGAGGUUGCGAACUACUUGAAGAACUACAUCUCGGAAACUCCCGAGGUGAUUGACUUCCCCAAGACUGACAAGCGGGCGUUGCGGGAAAUUUUCCAAGACAAGGAAAUUGGUGCUGUGUUCAACUUGGCCGCCGCUCGCGCUGAACACUUGUUGGACGAGGACUAUGUGAUGAGACGUAAUGCGAUUGACUUUGCCAUCCCCUUGUUCAACGAGCCCAACACCUCACAAUUGUUUGCUGAGUGCUUGAAGCAAAAGAUUGCCACCAAGCCUGACUUUGAGCAAGUGCCCGAAACUGUAACCAUUCCUGCUGAAGUGCAAAGAUGGUCGCAAUUCAUCGGCGGCAAGCCCGUGUAA